GUUACACGAGAGGCGGUUUGAAAUGACAUUGGGCUUUGUACUGCCAAUUUCCGCCGGUGUCUUGUCGUAUUAUAACGGUCAUAGAUUUUAAUGAAAACGCCGAGUAAAAUCAAUGGGUAUUUGACAAUGGCACAAUGGCAAUAAAAUCUAUGACAUUAUAUUUCUGUUGCAAUUUAAGCAGGGUGCUCUAGGUUUGUUAAAACGUUUCGGAAUAUUAUGACAUUGUUUCUAUGGCGUUAUGAAUAAUUUCGUGGCUGGAUCUAAUGUUGUAGUUUGUUUGACAGAACAAGGCGAAUUUUAAUUAAUAUUGGAUUAGAUGAACGAACAUUUGAUCUCUUUUUAUCGUAGAUAAUAAUCAAAUGAAAUCAAUUGAAUGAAAGUUGCGCAUUAUUUUAUUAUAUGAUUGUGAACACAAAUAUUAAUAAGUUAAUAUACGUACAGGAAUUUAAGUGAAGUGUUGCUAAGUAAAACAUGUGCACAUCCGUUGGUCGUGCAAUAAAUAAACUUGAAUGACGUCAUAAUUUAAAAAAGUAAGUUGAAAAGAAAAGAAACCGUUCUUGAAUUCCAUUUUACAACAGAAAUAUCAUAAAAAUAUAUUGCGUAUGAAAUUUAUUCCUAGAAUACCACGGAUUUAGUCACGUUACAUAAUUUAUAGCAGAAAUAACGUGUAUAAUAUGGUGUGUUAAAAGAAACCACAAGAAAUGAGAUGAACUAUAUUUUAGGAUAUAGUUUUGAAUAUAUUUGGAAUAACAUGAGAAAGAGUGUUGAACACGUCGAAGUAUCAUUUGAAACAUAUUAUGUGUAAAAAUACCCGUUUGAAUCAGUAAAGAAAUAAGUAUGUUCGCAAGAAAAUAAUUCUUUCGCACAAAAGUUAAAGGACAUGAAUUUAUUCAGCAGGCUAUCACUUGAUGAUGUGUGGGUAUUCCUAUAUAUACUGUCUUGUAUCAUAUACGAAGCAGAUUCAAUAACGUACCAUACAUCGUUUCUGGGAAGGAAUACGUCUGCUUCGGUUCCUACACCUGUCGGAAUAUUACUUCAAAAGACUACAGGAACGCUUCCAGUUAUUACUAACAAUGUGACAUCGUGUUCAUAUAGUACGUCCAACUGGGGCGUUGCUACUGGGUUCAACGCCAUUACGUUUGACGCAUCAGGUUGCUCUGAACUUGUUCCUAAUGGAACAGAAAUUGGGAGAAGGGGUAUUAAAGUUGAGUCCCCUGACAAUUUUACCUUACACGUUAUUCAGUCCAAUGUAAAUGGCCUUCCGGGCGAUGGUUACCUAGCAAUUCCCGACGAGCACCUUGGUACAGAGUAUUACGUCAUAACAUAUUGCUCAACCGGCGGUUUCUGUCAGUUUGCCGUCUCCGGAACCGCUGAUGACACAAAAAUUGAAAUAACAUUUCCGAACAAUAUUCAAACUAACGUAGUUUGCGUGAACGGAAUUCCAUUAGAAAGUUCUACGUCAUCUGGAACAGAAAUACCUUUUGUGAUAAACGAGCUUGACGUUCUUCAUUUCGAAAGCGAACAAGAUCUGACAGGUUCAUAUGUUUCAGCUAAUAAAGAAAUAGCAGUUUUUGUUGGCGCUCGCGAUGUUCCAAAUGACCAAGGAACAACAUCGGAUAUGAUAGAGCAAAUUCCACCUGUUAGUAAAUGGGGAACUGAAUUUGUUGUUGUGCCUAAUUACUUAAAUGACGCUGGGGAUAUAGUAAAGAUUGUGACACAAGAAGAUAACACAGUUGUAGAAAUUUUGGGAUUCUCACCUUUCAUAAUACCAAAGGCAGGUGAAGGUGUUGAGAGGAGAUUUGACUGGCAAAUGCACAGUACAGUACAUGCAUCGGAGCCUGUGCUUAUGGUUCAGGUGAUGAACUUAGAACUCUACAACAUCAGUGGCGUAAAUACCCCUUCAGGGUCUGUGGCAAUGGUCCUUGUACCGCACAGAGAACAAUGGGUUGACACUGAACAUUAUUUUCAUUGCACAUUGUCGGCACAGAAUGAAAGUCUUAUUGCAGUGGUAUCGGAUUCUGAUACCAGUAGUUUGGUAUUAGUACAGCCGUCCCCGGCCGUUCAUUUUUCGCCGUGGUCAGGAAUAGAUGGAAGCUCCUAUGAUGCAAUGAUAGCUGAACCUGCGCACACAGAGACGUCUAUCAGUGGAUCAUCGUUACGUAGCAUGUAUGGCUUCUGCGAGGGAAAAUAUGCAGUACUUUUAGGAGCCAAUUGGGAUUGGGAAAAUGAGGGUUGUGUGAGAACAUUAUCUUCUCCGGGAGAUGACAGGGAUAACGAUUGUAGCGGACAGAUUGACGAGGACAACUGCACUUCCGCUGAUUUAGAUUUCAGUUUCACAUCAGUCCAGACCGCCGGCGGUGUAACAAACUACACGAGCCUGAUUGUACGAGGAGCUGGUCAUAUAAAUAUCUCUAUAACCACGUGCGACGUCGCCGUGCUAACACUUAAGACUCGCACUGACCCGGAAGCGUCCAUAACCAUUAAGAUAUCUCCAUCUGCAAUUGUUGAGCAGAUCUGUAUUUCUGAAUGUUUUGCCGCUUCUGUAGUAGCAAAUACUGUCACUGACUGUACAAAUGAACAAUUGUAUUCGAUUGAAUGGUUCGAGGACAAUGUCGGCUUAAAGCAUAUAUUUCAAACCGUGGAUACUGAAUAUCGCUGGGACAUAGACAAUGUAUUUGGCGUCUCUUAUGAUGAACUUGUACUCUCGACAAUUGCUGGUUCAGCAGAUUUUGUAAUAGGUUUACCAGACAAAGACUGCAAUAAGAUAAUAUCUGGAGGCGCUGACACAUCGGGCCAGAAAUUUGUAAUUCCCGUUUCAAGUGACGAUAAUGACUUUACCAUUAUGUUGUCCACAAGAAAUGAUCUAGCUUCGACUAUUACGAUCGAAUUAAAUGUUGAAAAUUCUCUUGGAGUAUUGACAAUGAGUGCUAGCGAGACUCUUUUAGUUGAGGAAGCAAUGAUAACCGAGUCAGUCUUCAGCAGUAUAACUCUCUCAGCGACAGGUGGAGAAGUAUCGGUGUAUUUGCUGCGGUCCACUAUUAGCAGUGAAGCUACCGGACUGACUAUACUACCAACAGAUGUUCUUGGUCCGUCAUACCUUUUAUUCGUGGACAGGUCGAUAAACAUAAAUGAUACUACAGCAAAAUUGUGUGACGCAUUUGCAACUGACAGGACAACUGACUCCAAUUAUCAGACGAUCUCUUUAAACUGGAAUACGGAAAUAUUAAAUGAUAUUGAUGAAUUGUUAUUGACAGCAGAUCGCCCCGUGGCGGUAUUUUGUGGGACCUUCGGUGACACUUUAAUCCAAAUGCCACCGAAAGAGUCACUUGGCUUAGGGUUCUACAUACCAAAGCUUGACCUUGACUCAAUCAACGCAGAGGCUGAAAUUCAUAUUAUUACAGCAGACGACAGCACUGUACUUAUUGUCAAGGGUGAUUACGAUCAAAUGGAUCCAGUCGACUUUACGGGAGAUAUCUAUAUUAGAGCCGUAGUGCCUAAUACGAUAUACCGCGUUUCUGCAACCAAACCAGUUCAAGUUCAGCUUCAAAUUUGGUCAGACGUAGGUGGCUGGGCAUCAUCUGUUGUUAUCCCUCCUGUCCAACAGUAUAAAAGUGACCACGUGUUUCCGGGAUUAGACAACACUCUCUUUCAACUCAGUUUCAGCUCCGCAGUAAACGUAAAUGGUACCGAGGUAAUAAGUCAGGUAACACCGGCAGCGCUGACAGCGAAUAUAGCAAGUACAUUCGUAUAUUCGGAGGGACCAACAUUUUCACUGACCGUAUUGACACGUAUUAUGGCGCAUCCAGGCGAGACAAUCAUUAUACCAAGUGAUGUAUUGUAUGAAGAUAAUAAUGAGAUUUGUAGACUGACAACAGGUUAUCCUGGUGACGGUAUAGACAAUGACUGUGAUGGAUUAGUUGACGAAGAACACUGUUCAGAUAGUAAAGUGCCGGGUGACAUUGAUUAUGAUCUUGACGGCAGCAUGAAUGAAGACUGUUCAGCUACAACUAACGCCACUAGCUCCAGCGUGCAGUUGCCUAUCCCUUUGUCAAUUGUCACGUGCACGUCAAAUGUAACUAACACAUCCAGCGGUGACACUGUCAUAAAUAUUGAUCAUGGAGAUUACACAAGCACCGACCCAGUUAACACUCCUGAUGCAUCAACAGUUGGGAGCGAGCCAACGUAUGAUCCUCUGGUAGCGACAGGUGUAAGUGUUGUCCUUCCAACGACGACAUCGGCUCCUGGUUCCGCUUCCGCUCCUGAAGAAACGUGUGUGUCCGAUUGUGUGUGCCCUUGUGGAUGGGUGAAUCCUCCACAGAACUACACCGCAGAGGAGCUUCAAAUAAUUGUUUUAGAGAUACAAGAGAAGCUGAAAGUCAGCAAGGCUGAGCUAAGCUCAACGAUUCGGAAAAAGACGAGUGCCAAAGAUGACCGGCCAUCAGCCACAGCUGUUGGAUAUGUUGGUUUGGCAUCCAUUAUUGUCUUUAUUUCUGCCAUGGCGCUGCUAGACAUCACAACUCUGUUCAGAGAUAUGAAGAUAUUAAUGAGUAAUCUGAGAGAAGUGUUUCAACCCUGACUGCGAUGGUUAAUGCGUGUGAUACGACCAUAUACAGGCAGACUGUCGGUCAUGUGAUCAGUCAUGUUUUCAGAUUUUUAGAUUGAUUCUUUAUAUUAUACGGUUUGAUAUAUGAUUUAAUCGGGGCAUUUUGUUUUAGUUUGACACUGUGUUUUUGUGUGAUUUUUUUAAAACUGAUUACUAAAUCAAAUAUAAUACGAUUUUUUUUGCGUUUGACGAUUUUACAGUACACUGCGCUUCAUUGCAUACUGCACAUCUAUGUCUUAUUAGCAUCUGUAAGUUUCCUCUUUAGGUGCAAUGUAAUUACGAACGUUUUUAUGUGUUUUGUAUGAUUGUUUGUUGUGUGCAGUCUUAAUAUAUCCUUAGGACACCGAGCACAUUUUCAUGCGAUGUCGCUCUGCACAUGUUUGUGUUUGACAGCCUGAAAAUGAUCUCAAUCGAUCCAAAGUUAUUCACAGAAGUAAAGAAAAUGAAAGUAGACUGGCUAAACUUGAAAAGCAAGGCCGACUUUGCGUUGGUCGAUACUCAAAUGUUGAUUCUACGGAAGCGUGAAAGGGCCCUCGGACGCUAAUACGUUUUAUUACGUUACAUGAUAUAUAGGAAAUCGUUUUACUUUCAUGUAAAAUCUGAAUGUAUUUCACUGAUGCAUAUUUUCACAACUGACGCUGCUAUAAGAGAAAAUGUAAAAGCUGGUGUUUAUGAGUGAAACAUAUUUUGUACUUUGAGCUUACAUGUUAACAAAGCAAAAUUUCUUUUUUAUUUCAUGUGUUGACUUUUGUUGUUUUAGUUAAAAAUAUCCAUUCUGUAGAUCCUUACCGGUGAAAAGUAAAUAUAUUUGUUACUUUUCAUUGGGAAAUUGUUAUGAUAUAUACACUUAGGGCUGACGCGUGUAACGAAAAGUGUUUCUCAAAGACAGCACGUGUAUUUUCCUCGAUGAAAGCUUGUUAACAUUCUGGCCUCCAACUUGUCCAAAUAGUGUCUUAUUAUGUCAAAAAACUAUGUUAAUAUAUCAAAGUACAGUGUGAUCUUGUCUAUAGAGCGUGUUAUUAUGUUUAAUGUUAACAGAAGGUAAAAGGUAAGUGUAGAUUUCUCGGAAGCACAAAGCACCACAAACACAUCCACAGAGCCACGCAUUUGCAAAGUAGGCCCACAACAAAAAGAAGCUGUAACAGACUUUCCACCGGCACUGAAGUUGGAAUUGAUAGCUUUCUAGUUUAUUUAUCAAGCUUUCGAUGCCACAUCACGGCUAAGUACUUUAAACGUCUUUUGUUUAUAUCGUACUUUCGACGCAGUGAGUGUCUUGAACAUGUAUGACAAUAUCCUCUGGGUGGACCGCUGCGCUGUGACAUAACGCAUCAUUUACCCCCGCCAAAUGAAAGGCAAACGGUAUGGACAUACAACAUGGUUAAUUAUCUAAAAUUAAUCAUGACUUCGUUGGAAAACAUACACACUCUCUGUGCGACAAGCACACACAAUAAACUGCGAAAAAAUCAUUUUGUAUGUUAUUUUUAUCAGAAACAUAGAAAAAACGUGUGUUCUUUCAAAGUCACGACAUUUAUUCAAGAUAUCACUAUUAUUUUUUUUUCUUUGUACAGUUAGUAUGUACAUGGAAUUAUGUAAGAAAGCCCAAAGCGCAUACUUUCAUGACAUAAACUGCACUAAAGCAUAAAUUAUAACAAUAAGAGGCGUUUGUGUUGUAGAAAGUAACAUUUACCAUCGUGAAACUGCUAUAUGAUCUCCGCCACAAGUACAAAGGUCCAAGGCAUACACAAACUUGAAUCCAACAAGCGGUUAACAUAGUCUUCACUUGAAGGAAUGUAAAUAUGCUUUUAUUUAGCUGUCUUUGAGAAACACUUUACGUUACACGCGUCAGCCCCAGUUAUAAAUCUCAGUCAUACCUGCUUAAAACAAUCUAUCAUUUUUAUUGUACAAAUUCCCAAUGAACGUUUAGACUGAUUUUUGAAAUUUUGAAAUUUGGUCAUAACCAAGUCAUAAAAAUGAAAGAGCUUUUUUUGACAAGAAGUAGAACAAUAUACACAGCAUAUGUAUAUAGUUCUACAAAACGAUUGUCAAAUGACAAUUGGAAUUCCGGAAAAGACCACGCUUUAGGACAGUACAGAACCUUUAAAAACUUAACCGUUUUUAUAUAACUGUUACAUAUCUUUGUUUUAUGACUUUGUAGUAAGACCCCAGUGCUGAAAUUUCACAUAACUAGGUUUUACAUAUUUUCAGCAAGUUUGAAAAUUGUUUAUUUUUUAUAUCUUUACAAAUGGCAUUUGUAAUUAUUACAAGAACAACGUUAUAACAUUAAAAGUUUUCUAUUUAAUCUGACGAUACUUUCAUACAUGUUGUUCUGAUGAUAUUUUUCAAAUCUAUAUAUGAGCCGUGCCAUGGGAAAACCAACAUAGUGGCUUUGCGACCAGCAUUGAUCCAGACCAGCCUGCGCAUCCGCGCAGUCUGGUCAGGAUCCAUGCUGUUCGCUAACAGUUUCUCUAAUUGCAAUAGGCUUUGAAAGCGAACAGCAUGGAUCCUGACCAGACUGCGCGGAUGCGCAGGCUGGUCUGGAUCCAUGCUGGUCGCAAACCCACUAUGUUGAUUUUCCCAUGACACGGCUCAUAUGUUAGCUUUUGAAUUCUACAAUCUUGAUUGAAGAGUGUAUAUGUAUGCAAAAUAAAUUUCACUUAAUUUCACUUAAUUAAAAUUCUGAUAAAAAUCCUAUUCAUUUCAAGUUUUUUAUCUAGUGUGUUUGCGGUGGUAAACAUCUGUAUAAAAUACUGUGUAUUUACAUUUACAUGGAAGGCCAUAUUAGUUGUUGUAUUUACUCUUUUAAAUUAUGUAACCUUCUUAAAUAAAGU